AUGGCACUGAGUAUCCGAAAUGUGCUGGAAAGAGUGGUAAUGUACCACAUACUGGACCACAUACUGGAAAGAGUAUGUGAACUGGAUGUAAGGCUGGUGGGUGGCACCGAUCACUGUUCCGGACGAGUGGAGGUGAAGUACAAUGGACAAUGGGGGACAGUUUGUGACGACGGAUGGGAUAACAACGACGCCAAGGUCGUUUGUAAUCAGCUGGGUUGCGGCUCCCAUGCAUCAGCACUUGCAGAAUCACACUUUGGGCAAGAACUGGAUGUAAGGCUGGUAGGUGGCAGUGAUCACUGUUCCGGACGAGUGGAGGUGAAGUACAAUGGACAAUGGGGGACGGUUUGUGACGACGGAUGGGAUAACAACGACGCCAAGGUUGUCUGUAAUCAGCUGGGUUGCGGCUCCCAUGCAUCAGCACUUGCACAAUCACACUUUGGGCAAGGUAGCGGCAACAUUUGGAUGGACGACGUCUCGUGCAGGGGAAAUGAAUCUUCACUUUGGCAGUGCUCUUUCGCAGGAUGGGGGAAUCACAACUGUGCUCACCAGGAAGAUGCAGGAGUGAACUGUACGGAAGAACUGGAAGUAAGGCUGGUAGGUGGCAGUGAUCGCUGUUCCGGACGAGUGGAGGUGAAGUACAAUGGACAAUGGGGGACGGUUUGUGACGAUGGAUGGGAUAACAACGACGCCAAGGUUGUCUGUAAUCAGCUGGGUUGCGGCUCCCAUGCAUCAGCACUUGCACAAUCACACUUUGGGCAAGGUAGCGGCAACAUUUGGAUGGACGAUGUCUCGUGCAGGGGAAAUGAAGCAUCACUUUGGCAGUGCUCUUUCGCAGGAUGGGGGAACCACAACUGUGCUCACCAGGAAGAUGCAGGAGUGAACUGUACGGAAGAACUGGAUGUAAGGCUGGUAGGUGGCAGUGAUCGCUGUUCCGGACGAGUGGAGGUGAAGUACAAUGGACAAUGGGGGACGGUUUGUGACGACGGAUGGGAUAACAACGACGCCAAGGUUGUCUGUAAUCAGCUGGGUUGCGGCUCCCAUGCAUCAGCACUUGCACAAUCACACUUUGGGCAAGGUAGCGGCAACAUUUGGAUGGACGACGUCUCGUGCAGGGGAAAUGAAUCUUCACUUUGGCAGUGCUCUUUCGCAGGAUGGGGGAACCACAACUGUGCUCACCGGGAAGAUGCAGGAGUGAACUGUACAGAAGAACUGGAUGUAAGGCUGGUAGGUGGCACCGAUCGCUGUUCCGGACGAGUGGAGGUGAGGUACAAUGGACAAUGGGGGACGGUUUGUGACGACGGAUGGGAUAACAACGACGCCAAGGUUGUCUGUAAUCAGCUGGGUUGCGGCUCCCAUGCAUCAGCACUUGCACAAUCACACUUUGGGCAAGGUAGCGGCAACAUUUGGAUGGACGACGUCUCGUGCAGGGGAAAUGAAUCUUCACUUUGGCAGUGCUCUUUCGCAGGAUGGGGGAAUCACAACUGUGCUCACCAGGAAGAUGCAGGAGUGAACUGUACGGAAGAACUGGAUGUAAGGCUGGUAGGUGGCAGUGAUCGCUGUUCCGGACGAGUGGAGGUGAAGUACAAUGGACAAUGGGGGACGGUUUGUGACGACGGAUGGGAUAACAACGACGCCAAGGUUGUCUGUAAUCAGCUGGGUUGCGGCUCCCAUGCAUCAGCACUUGCACAAUCACACUUUGGGCAAGGUAGCGGCAACAUUUGGAUGGACGACGUCUCGUGCAGGGGAAAUGAAUCUUCACUUUGGCAGUGCUCUUUCGCAGGAUGGGGGAACCACAACUGUGCUCACCGGGAAGAUGCAGGAGUGAACUGUACAGAAGAACUGGAUGUAAGGCUGGUAGGUGGCACCGAUCGCUGUUCCGGACGAGUGGAGGUGAGGUACAAUGGACAAUGGGGGACGGUUUGUGACGACGGAUGGGAUAACAACGACGCCAAGGUUGUCUGUAAUCAGCUGGGUUGCGGCUCCCAUGCAUCAGCACUUGCACAAUCACACUUUGGGCAAGGUAGCGGCAACAUUUGGAUGGACGACGUCUCGUGCAGGGGAAAUGAAUCUUCACUUUGGCAGUGCUCUUUCGCAGGAUGGGGGAAUCACAACUGUGCUCACCAGGAAGAUGCAGGAGUGAACUGUACGGAAGAACUGGAUGUAAGGCUGGUAGGUGGCAGUGAUCGCUGUUCCGGACGAGUGGAGGUGAAGUACAAUGGACAAUGGGGGACGGUUUGUGACGACGGAUGGGAUAACAACGACGCCAAGGUUGUCUGUAAUCAGCUGGGUUGCGGCUCCCAUGCAUCAGCACUUGCACAAUCACACUUUGGGCAAGGUAGCGGCAACAUUUGGAUGGACGACGUCUCGUGCAGGGGAAAUGAAUCUUCACUUUGGCAGUGCUCUUUCGCAGGAUGGGGGAACCACAACUGUGCUCACCGGGAAGAUGCAGGAGUGAACUGUACAGAAGAACUGGAUGUAAGGCUGGUAGGUGGCACCGAUCGCUGUUCCGGACGAGUGGAGGUGAGGUACAAUGGACAAUGGGGGACGGUUUGUGACGACGGAUGGGAUAACAACGACGCCAAGGUUGUCUGUAAUCAGCUGGGUUGCGGCUCCCAUGCAUCAGCACUUGCACAAUCACACUUUGGGCAAGGUAGCGGCAACAUUUGGAUGGACGACGUCUCGUGCAGUGGAAAUGAAUCUUCACUUUCGCAGUGCUCUUUCGCAGGAUGGGGGAAUCACAACUGUGCUCACCAGGAAGAUGCAGGAGUGAACUGUACAGAAGAAUGCAGUUCCGGGAGAUGAUGCUUCCGGGAGCCGCUGAAAACACUGACAACACCGACGCUCCUCAUUACAGGAUUUCCUCUGGGGAAGAGUAAACUCAUCUGCGGUGGCUGUAGAAUGGGAUAAUGAGGCGAUACUGGCUUUGCUGAAUCAACUUAUCACCAAAGAUUUGUUUUUGCCUUUAUUGAGAGCUGAAAUUAUGUGUUAGACAAUCUAUCGUUUUUUUAAAUUAAAAUUCGGAAGUAAAGAUGGUAUAUCCCGGUCUCCAGGAAGUGAAGAAAGUAUCUUGAACUCCAGACUACCUAAGAAAGCUUCCGUGACUGACUGGGUCGAGCAGACCUUAGGUGUUGAGAGGUGGAGAUUUGGUCUGCAACUGUCUGCAAGGGUUUUAAAGGCCGGGAUACUGAGCUCAGAGCCGGGAAUGCCUUUGAGUUCCUGAAUAUUUGAUUGUAAACCUGAUAUUUUGAAAUGAUAUUGCAUGAUGUGUGCGCUCAAUAAAUCUGCA